ACAAUAAAAAGUGACGCAUUAAAAUGUUUUCAUUUUUCAUCAAUUCAAUUUCCUUCCAGCUUUUCGUAGUCGCGUAGAUACUUGUAUUUAUUUUUUGCAAAUUUAGAAGAUCUUAUCCAGUCCGAUGUGCGAUUCGGAUAAUGAAGCCUUCGAGAGUGCCGACGAGGAUUUCGAAGAGCAGAAACAGCAUGAUCAGGAUGCUAGCAGGAAGCCGAACAUUUCAACCCGAGCUAGUUCUGACGUGGAACAAAAAACUGUAGACUCCACGGGGAGCUCCAACGCAGAUGUUCCCCCAUCAGAACAGCAGCCCAAGGUGGGAGGAAUCAGAAAAAUCAUUCGCCCAGACCAAGCUAAAUACGAAGAGGCCAAGAUGGUGAUUGAUAGUGCGGACAAGGAGAAGAAAACUGCAACCGUCAAUGACGGAUGGGAUGAUUUCGAUGACGAAUGGGGUGAUUUUAAUGUAGACACCGAGUCGGCAGCUAAAAUGAAAAAGGAAAAGUCACCGGUUAAAACCAGUUUCAAGGAUGUUAACAUCGAAGAAGUAGAAACGAAACUACAAGAUUUCAUGCGGGGUCAAGACGAUCCACCAGUUCAGGAAAUUUCGGAUCGAUUAUCCGUUCAGGAUGAAGAGAAGACUUCAUCCGGUCAAUCGUGGGGAGCUUGGAAGCCGGCUUGGGGUGGUGCAGCAGUAUCUUUUCUUUCCUCGGCAUCGAAAAGUGUUGCUUCCAUCACGACCAACAUCACACAGGCAAUCGAAUCAGGAAUCGGUGUUCCAACAGCCGAAGAGCUAGCUAAGCGCCAGGCAGAAGAACAAGCCAAGCUGAAGGCUGACGGUUAUGUUCCGGACGAAGGUGAACAGUUGACAAGCUUGCCGGAAGCUCAGCCAGGUGCUGACCGUUUUGGAUUUGAUCAGAUCUUUUCUGGGGUGACUCAAAUAAGCAGCAAAGUUCUAACUGGCGGUUUGGAUACGCUGGAGGGUAUCGGAAAGAAGACAAUGACGAUUUUGCAGGAAAACGACCCUGGUUUGUUAAGCAAGCGUAAACUACUCGGAAUGGGCAAUGACGGUGUUGUUUUGAGUCAAGUAUUGCGAGAGGCCAAAGAAAAAACGGAGGAGCGAGAGAAAAAUUUGAAACAAGUGCAAAAGCAUUUGUACAAAAAGAAAUUACACUUUGAGACGUUAUUCGAUGAUUACCACGGGUUGGUGCACCUGGAAGCACUUGAAAUGCUUUCAAAGCAAGCAGCCUUAAAGCUGGAAUCACUACUUGCUCCACUCACCGGUUAUGCUCUGGAAGAACUUCAAGAAACAUUAAGCGAAGUGAAAGAGCUAUGCGAACUCCCUGACUCGGACAACGAUGAUGCUGACGGUAGCCACAGUGUUGAAGAGCUAGAGAAGAAACUUAAGGAAUCCGUAACCGAUUUAGAUGAAGUAAAAAUCGACUUCCAGGACAUACUUAACUGCUGGAAAAAUAACACCGAAUGGCUGUCCAAUGAACCCAGCACUGGUUCCCGAUCAUCCCAGGAAAUUUUCGAGAAGGCUAUGCAUGCACUGGCCCAAACGACCGCGCUCUGCGUUUUGCGAAUGCACAAAUUAGCAGAGAUACUUCUAAUCCUCGAACAUCACAGUACGGCAAACGAAGCCGAUGCUCUGGUUCAGUUGACCACGGUGUUCUGUUGGCAUCUGUGUGGCGUUGCCGCCCGCUUUUCAGCCGAAAUAAGCAAACGACAAGAUGAUGACCGCAAUCGACGAUCAACUGGCGAGGAAAGCGAUAAUGCACUGGUUACGAACAUUUUUUUGGAGGGCUCUAACAGCACAUCAUACGUACAGAACGCGUUUCAACUAUUUAUUCCAAUUUUACAAAUCGGAGCAGCGUAAAACCAUGUGGUAUAUACAAAAAAAAAGUUUUGUUGAAAUAAUCGUAACGAGGAAAAUGUAUUAAACCUUUAAAAAAAGUC